UUGCUCCAGUUUUGUGCUUGACCUUUAUCAAAUGUGGAAGGAGGAGCUUGAUUGGGAUGAGACUUUAAUCAGGCGUUUCAUAGGGAGAGAGGCUCUGUGGGUUCAUCGCCGCAUCCUGUCUCAGUGUUGGAUAAAGCAUUUUGUUUCUGAUCUUCAAGGUGCAUUUUGCCAUUACAAAAUCCGCCCUGGGAUAAAUCAUGAUAUGCAGUCCUUUAUUUAUAAUGAGAUGCAACUAUUUCACGCAUGCUUAGCUGUUUUAGAUGAUGAGUUUGAGGAUGGCCAAGCACAGGCAUCGUUUGCAGCUGCUUACAUCUUAAGGUUGUUGAAGCAUAUUCCUCAAUCUAAAGGUAUUGAGCUUGAAGAGAAGCUAAGGGAACUAGGAGGCAUCAAAACAUUGCUAAAUAAGUUAUGCCCAUAUAGGGCUCAACUAUGGGAUGGUUUAAUGAGCUGAGCAGGCAGAUUUUGCUGUUUAAUGAUGAUGUAUGAAAUUACAGGGUUGUACUAAUUAGUCCUGUCUACCAUACAAGGAGCUCCUACAUUACCACAUUCA